AUGACUGGCGCUGCGCACGCACAGAACCCCGGGGCAGGGGCGCCCAGCUACGAGCAUGCAAUGCCAAAAGGAAGCACCAUCAGUGGCGCCUUCAGCACCGCCACAAAUCGCCAAGACACUGGCGAUGACAAGCAGCAGAGCACCGACGAUGCCACGGCGAAACCACCCCAGCCUCGGGCGCCAGGGAUGUGGGAUGAACCGGAGCACGUCGACCCGCCAACCCAGUCCUACAACAUUGGCAUCUGCCUGUCCAUUCCUGCAAAGGCCACAAGCAUGUACACCAACGGUGCCAAACAAGCAACCUUCUUCCUGUACGAGCUGCUCAGCUACAGGGAUCGCCACAACGUCGUCCUCAUCAACCUGGACAGCGGCGACCCAGCGGAGGCUGCGCCCGAAUGGCAGCUGGACGGCAUUCAAGUUGUGCGGUUCGAUGACGCGCUGGCCAUGCGUCUUGAUGUUGUCAUUGAGCUUGGCAUGCAACUUGGCCAAGGCCAGGUCGACCGGCUUCAGCUCGCCGGCACUAAGGUGGCAGCGUAUCGGUCUGGAAACAACUUCAUCAUGACGAUGGAAAACAUGAUUUACAACCGCAGCGUCUCGACCAUGUUCUCCACCGUUGGGUACGACGUUCUCUGGACUCUUCCCUCCUUCAACAGGUCCAAUGCGUUUUUGAACCUGAUCUAUCAGAGCGACGUGAAGGUGGCGCCAUAUCUGUGGAGCCCUCGCUUCUUCAGCUUCGUGACAGACCAACUGCCCGAGCGAAAGUUCUAUGAGCCCACGGGCGAGCCGAAACGCAUUGCCAUCUUUGAACCCAACCUGAACGUGGUCAAGACAGCAACCAUGCCCAUGGUCAUCGCAGAGCUUCUCUUCAGGUGGGGUGCAAGCGCAUUGCAAUUCAUGCCCUCUUACAUCUCUGUUGACACCGUCACCAUCACCAUCAACAUCAACAUCACCUCGCCACACGACUGCUGCCAGGAUUGUGGGUACUACUACGAAGGGGACGACGGGUACAUGGGCCGCGAUAAGCUGAGGGAAGCCAUCCUCACCCACGACAGCAACCUCGACGCAUACAACGCAAAGGCGCGGGAGUGUGUGUGGCGGUACACCCCCGUCAACCCGGACAACAUCUACGAGUGGGACCGGCUGCUGGACGAGCUUGUGACGUCGCCGCGCACCCCAGAGCAACAAGAGCGCCUUGCACGCAGCCCACACCGCACCUGAGCACCACGCUCCAGGGUUACGCGUGCUGCCUGCCUGUUGUACAUAUCGCCUCUCUUCGUUGGGGUUACAGCAAUGAAAGCAUUCUAGGCAGUUGGGGAGGUCGUAUUGGGGUCCCUCCAACACCAACAACAACAACAACAACAUACACACACACACAAACUUGAAAUGCGGUUGUUUUGGGCAUUUUAUUUUUUGGAGGAUCAAUCCCCUUUGCAGGCGCAGGGGAAAUUCAUUGAUGCACACGAAAGAAGAGAGGACACG